AUCUGAAAUGAAAGUGAAGAUACACUCGGUCACCGGAAACUUUGUCGAAGAGUUUAGCAGUGAGGUGACGGUGGAAACCGUCAAGGCCGUUUUGAAGUCCAGAGUGAUGGGAGCGGAUGAGAAGGCAGAACUCGAUUUUUCCAGACAUGCCUUGGUCCUUCGUGGACGCAUCGUUGGAAACUGGUUGACGCUGAAGGAUUUAGAUCUGAAGCCGUCGGAUUUUCUGGUGUAUUUGUACCCACUCGUCCCUCAGAGGCUGGUGACCGAAGCGCUGCCGAAGCGUUGCUCCGCGAAGCCGCUGCUGCCGGACGUGGAGAGCAUGGUGGCCGAGGACGCCAAGUUGGACCAAGAGUUGCAGGAUGCCGCUCACGCCAACAAGAGCGAGGGGCCUUCUAGAGACGGCCCCGGCUUGGAGCAAGUGGACCCCAGGGUUCGGGUUUUGAGGAGGAUCAGGGCUGCCAUCGAGGAGGGGAAGUGCACUUUGUCGGUUACUUCUACGGAGUAUUACUUGCAAAAGCGUUUUGAUUGCUACACAUGUGGCCUGCAAGGCGAUCAAGGGUGCUGCGAGUCUUGCUUGAAGAACUGCCACAGGGGACACUUGCUCUCUUCUCACGCAGAGUCGAAAAUUUGCAACUUUUUUUGCGACUGUCCACUCGUGUGCGAGUGCAAAUGUUACAACAGCAAUUAGAGUGGCGCUCAGCGACGUGCCGUUACGAAGUCGGAGAAAGGGGCGCAAUCACCUCGAAGUCUGGACGUGUGGCGAGUCUAGGUGCCUGGGUGUCUCGCCGGCCGAAGGGGCGAGGAGAAGCGGUCCGCGCGAAGCGGACGCACCACGGAACGAGACAAUCGCGCGUUGAGAGGAGGGAGUGCUUGAUCAUGCUCGUUGUGUGUACAUACUAUGUAUAUAAUACACUUUGGUCGAGAGCAACUUGAAA